AUGUUAAGAAACGUCACACGUCAGCGUACACUGCUGUUGCAAUUCGUGAUCGUCAGUGCCAUUCAGUGGCUAUCAAUUGAUUGCUAUGAACGUAUUGAAAUCUCGGAUAUUGGUCUUGACGUGUUGCCUCGCACCACACCGCCCGAGGUGAACGGAGUGAAGAAUUUGCAACGUUCGCGAACGUUAAUCGGCCGAAGUAUUGUCAAGCAGAAGCUGGAUCAUUUCAGCGACAACGGAACAGGCCACUGGAAUCAGUGGUUUAUGCAUCGUAAAUCGCCAUCACAAGCACCCGAUGGACCAGUUUUUUUGGUACUUGGCGGUGAAGGUGCUGCAGACCGAAACUGGCUCAGCAAUCAACAGCUGCCACAUAUUUUACUGGCCGAUCAGAUGAAUGCAAGCAUUUAUUUGCUGGAACAUCGAUAUUAUGGGCUGAGUAGACCGGCGAAGGAUUUAUCGAAACCAAAUUUGAAGUAUCUGAACGCAAGACAAGCGAUUCGAGACGUGGAAAAUUUUGUGGAUCAUAUUAAUAGACGUGAACGAAUGACUGAACCCAAAUGGAUUGCACUUGGUGGAAGUUAUUCUGGUGAAUCAAAGUUUUCUUCCUUCUGA